AUGGCAGGUCAGACACCUCCUUUCAACGAAAUGGAGGAAACUUUCAAGAAAGUACCUUUCAAAGACUUCAUGUCUUCACAAGAAAGUACUGAGAUGCUUCAAAAACAUCAUCCUCAGUCAAUAUCCUAUCCUACCUUAACUCGAAGCAACAACCUUCAAGACAAAGACCCCCAAAAGAUUGAUUCACUGACAUCACAGGUCUCUGACCUUCAUAAGGAAUAUGUUACCCUCGUGAAGACCUACAGAUCUCGUUUAGCCACUUCCAACAUGAUGCAAGUCAACCAACAAGCUCUUGAGAUCAUUGAGCGCCCUCGUACCCCUUCUCUAUCAUCCGAGAAACCCCUCGAAAAGAUGCUUGGCCUUCCACAACCUUUCAUCAAUGUCAACAAACUUCACAAUCUUGAUUCGUCCUCAAACUUCCAGGAAGAAAAGGUUCAAGAGCAAGCCAGGGCCUCGUUAAUGCUCGCUCCAGGGAAAAUACCACAAGACUCUAACAACUACAAGAAAGCCUGCAUUGCCCAUCUUCCAAGCAAGAUCGACCUUGAAAGUGGGUAUCACAUUUACAUGAAGCCAGAAGCUUCCAAUGAUACAUCCAGCUCUGCCAUCCUUGAUCACCGGCAAAAGAUUCUUCGGGACGUCCAGAAAUACCAUCCCGUCAUUUCAACUGGUGGUUAUUACUCCGUUACAUUGAACAAAGAACUUCUCGAUGUCAACACUACUUCACUCAAUCAACCUGAACAGCAGGUCCCACAAUAUGAGCAAGAACACUCAGAUAUGAUUUUUCUUCAGAGUGCAUGGUCGAGAGCGACUGAAGCUCUUCAUGCCGGAGAAGUUUGGAAAGGUAUGGACAGUGAGCAAAAGGCUGCUUUCGACAAAGCCAUUAUAUAUCGUGCUCAGCAUAAAGAGUUAGAUUCCAGCAGCUUACGACUUCAAAUCGACAAAUUUACAGCUCAUAUAUUAUUUGUUAUCGAGGUGUUGCAAAAUAUUGGUUAUUCGACGACCAUGGUAGACUUGAAGAUUAUUCCAAGGUUGGCACAAACUUUCGACACUCUAUCACAUCAGAAAUGCAAUAUGGUGAUGGCAAGCCAGCGUAACCAUAAUAAGUACGACCUUUUUGGUAUCCGAGAGUGUGAGACGGUGCGAGGAGCCUCCGAGAACGUCAGAUCCAUUCAAUGCACUCAACCAGAUAUCUCUAAUUAUCGCAAAGAAUAUCCUUCACGGAAGGACUUUACGGUCCGAGUCACACAACAGCCGAUGAAGCAUUGCUGCUCUGAUUUCGCACCCAAAACUUCACAAAAACUUCAUGAAAAACAAGCUACAUUCAAUGGUGAGGAUUGCAGCUCAGAUUUGCUUUCUGGUGAGCAUAUGCAGAUCAACGCACACUCGGCAGUCGCGGUCAAUUCCAAUAAUAUCAUCAAUUGUGGAAAUAACGGCACAACACCGCAAAUGCGUGUCGAAAAUGAAGAGAUAAUUGAUGGAAGCCUAUACCCCAAUAACAAUAUUAGAGGUCCAACCUGGAAGAUCGAAAAUGUCCCACAACCCAAGCUCGACACUCUCUGGUGGCGCCAGCCUCAGUCCAAUGCAUAUCAGUCUCGGGUUCUUCGCACGGGUCAAGUUUCUGGCGUAAAAACCGAUAAAGUUUCUGAAUUCGAUACAGAAAACAAUUUUCCAGCAGAUAAGAGAAUUUUGGAGAAGGAUCCAAGCAUUUCGAAGUUGGAGACUGAUGACGGAAAACAACUGGUCACUGAAAACUUCCCUGUCGAAAAACUCACCUUGUUGGAAAUGGCCAUUAAAAAUCCUUUGCCUUGUUGGAAUCAUCCAGUAUCUGUAAAUGGACAACUAUAUCAACGCGUCAACUUACCCACUAUGUUUAAGUACUUCAAUCAUCUCGGAUUUUCGGAUGAAAAUUUGCUUGGCCAAAUGACCAAGAGUCUUGAGCAGAUGUCUAUUCCAAUCCCUUUUCCUGUAUUGGCUGGGGCACCAAAGUGGUUAUAUGAUUAUUGUAUCCUCAAUGGACAGGUCUGCCAUCCAUUGACUCAUGCACCGGCUAGAAGCCUCCUUCCACUUGUAUCAAGGCGUUUAACUCACGACGCUCGGUUGCCCGUGGUUCCAAUCAAUAGUUACAAGCCUUUUGAAAGUGAUCGUCGGUCAACCGCGUCCAUUCCACAGGAAAUGAAAAUGAGAUCGACAUCUUUUGUCAAAGAGCAAAUGUCUUCAAGCUCCUUAGCCCUGGGAUUUGAGCCAUUCCAAUAUCCUCACGCCCCUUUAGUAGCAUCGACACCCUUAAGCCCUGAAGGUCAAGGCAUGAUGAUUGAAGCUUGGAAAAAGGCGCAGGCAUCAAAGUUCUUUCUUAAAGGAAGAGACGAAUUAGAAGAGGAGAAAAAAUUCGAAUGUGAUAGGGCGGGAGUUUCACUUACACAAGAUAGCAUAGCCAAUGCUGCUAGUCAUGAUUUUUCGUUUCUAGUUAUCUUUCAAGAGAAGCUCGAUGCUCUUAAGAUUAUCGAUCAGAAUUGUCAAGAAGAAAUAGCUCCACUUAUUCAUGGCAAAAAUAUUGAUCUCAACGGUGGCGAUGCGAUUUCCCAAGAAGCUUCAAGAGCUUCCGAAAGAAAGUGGUAUUUGGAACGCAAAGCUUAUCUUGAGACCCUCCGCGAGACGCGACUGUCACGACGUAACUAUGAGCAGGAUAGGCUCAAUGAAAUCCGCCAAAAUAAGGAGCUUCAUGCAAGACGCAACGAUGCGACAUGCUUAGAUCGCAGAGAGUUCAAGGACUACAGAGACUUGACUUCCCCAGACGCGGAAGAAUUUCAAGCUUCUAUUGCCGAUGCUUACUGCGUUUAUCUUGCCGCAAGAACGGCCAAAUAUGCUGCCUGUACGAAAUUAGAAACAGCAGUUGCCGAGAGAAAAGCUCUUUGGAUGGAAAACAUUCACAGAAUGGAUAAUCCGAGAUUCAAAAAAGAGAGUUCCGACGCAGAUAAGAAAUUUCUCGAGUGCCAGAUGGAAUACAACCGAAGAAGUGGUACCUUUAGUGCAAUCAAGCACUCUAGUCAACAGAAAUACAAAAAUAGGGAAGCUUUUGAGAAGAGAAUGGAACUUCUAACUCGUGCUUGCGGCGAUCAUAUUACUAAUUCGGUUUCCGCUACGUUUGCAGCAGACCACGACUCGGUUCGUGUCACUCUUGCACGUCUCAAAGCUUACUAUACCGCACGAAGUGCCAAAUCCGAUCUUCAGCCACUUCGUACGAUAGAUGACGCCUGGACUGAUGGUCACUAUGGUUUUCUCAAACAACCAAUGCAUGAUCAGAAACAGCGAAACAACUCUAUUUCGUCCAAUGAUCAUAUCACUGUCGAGGAACAUGCUCGAGGCCUUAGAGAUGGUUACGAUCAAUCAGCAUUCCAACCUUCAAUUCCCCGUUCAGUUAAAGUUCCCGCACAUCAUGAUCCAAGAACAUUAAAGGCCAAUAUUCCUUCAAAGCUACCAGCAGUCACAGGCCAGUACUCCAACCCAGGUUCUCGAAACUUUUACUCGGUCAAGAGCACAGAUCGCGCUGAGUAUAUGACCAUGUUCAAAGAAUGGAAGCCUAAGCCAGACCAUUCCGAAAUCAUGCAAGCUAUGAUCCAGGGUCGAGCAGCUAGAGGACGUCAUUUAGCUGGUCAACAGCCUAAGAAAUUUGAUCAUGCUACGUUUCAGCAUCUGAAGAAGUGGGGUUAUUCGAGACCAGAUAAUUCUAUAAACACAGCUGAUUCUUCGGCUUCGGCAAAAUCUGCGCUUGAUCUUUUAUCUGUUAAUGGACAAGGUCAGUAUGAUGCGGAGCUUGUAGAAAAGAAUGUCGCUGUGCUCAAAAACGGAAAUGACAUGCUUACAGAGGCAAGCAAAGCUGCUGAUACCCUUGCCACUACCAUCAAUAAGCAUACUGUCAUGGCUGAAAAGAUGGACACUGAUGUCAUCGGCAUCACCAAGAACCUCGCCGAUCUCGAUGUUGCCACUGUCAAUCAACCAAUGACUAUCGCUGAUAGAGCCGUUGUCGAAGCCAGCAAGAGUGAUGAUCCCACUACCGCUCAGCAAGCAGUCAACAACGAGGUCAAUCCCAUCAGUGAAACUACUGGCAAUGCUGAGAUGAACAGCAUCGCAAAUCUCUCUCUCAAUGAACUUUUCAUUUCUGACACUGAAAGAUCUGAGAUCGUUACCAAAGACAUGAUGCAAAAGUCACUCGUAUUAGAUUUCCCCUUGUCACCCCCUUCUACUACAGUACCCGUAUCUAGCCCUACGCAGGAAGUCGAUCUUGAAGAUGAUAGCGAUUUUCAAUCUGAUGCAUCUUGGGUCAUGGCUAGUGAUGAUGAUCAUGAUGAUGUUACGGAGGCUAGUGGACCUGAAGAGAUUGAGAGUGUUGAAGAAAGCGAAGACGUUGAGGAAUGGGAGAUGCUUUAG